UCCGGCCAUGCUGGGAGAUGAGUGGCGAUUUUCGUGCAAUGCCACGGGUUUUCGGGGCUUGCUGGGCCCAGGAAUGCUAUCGGCUAUAGAUGGAUAGCCAGUACGAUGGCUAAUAUACACAAAGGACCUGUAAGGGUUGGAUUCUACGAUAUAGAGCGGACUAUAGGCAAGGGGAACUUUGCGGUUGUCAAACUUGGAAAACACAGGAUUACAAAAUCUGAGGUGGCAAUAAAAAUAAUUGACAAGACACAACUGGAUAGCUCAAAUUUACAGAAAAUCUAUCGAGAAGUCCACAUUUUGAAAAUGCUGAACCAUCCAAAUAUCAUUAAGCUUUAUCAGGUGAUGGAGACAAAGAACAUGCUGUACCUAGUCUCAGAGUAUGCACCUAACGGGGAAAUAUUUGACCACAUAGCACAGUAUGGGCGCAUGCCGGAGAGGGACGCCCGUAAAAAAUUCUGGCAGAUUUUAUCUGCCGUUGAGUACUGCCAUGAACGACAUAUAGUGCAUCGAGAUUUAAAAGCCGAAAAUCUUCUACUUGAUGCCAAUCAACACAUCAAAAUAGCGGAUUUCGGGUUUGGUAACUUUUUUACUCCCGGCCAGCAUUUAGCCACUUGGUGUGGCAGCCCGCCCUAUGCUGCACCUGAAGUCUUUGAGGGGAAAAAAUACUUAGGACCUCAGGUUGACAUUUGGAGUCUUGGUGUUGUACUAUAUGUUCUUGUAUGUGGUGCUCUUCCCUUUGAUGGACACAACCUCCAAACACUCAGGGACCGUGUAUUAUCGGGAAGGUUCAGAAUUCCCUACUUCAUGUCAACAGAGUGUGAACACCUUGUCCGCAAAAUGCUCGUCCUCGACGCUGCCAAACGCUACACGUUGCCACAAAUCAAACAACAUAAAUGGAUGCUAUUGGACGGCUUGCCGAAGCAGACGCCCCCUGUCAGUCCGCUGCUCGGCUACAAUAUCGCAAUCGGCGAAUAUAACGAACAAAUACUUCGCCUCAUGCAGAGUCUGGGUAUUGACCAACAGAAGACAGUGGAGGCGCUACGACAGGAUGCCUAUAACCACUUCACUGCCAUUUACUACCUCCUACUAGAGAGGUUGAAGUCCCAUCGAAGUAGCUUCCCGGUCGAUCAGCAGCAAGUUGAUUCACGGCGGCGCCGACCCAGCUCUAUCGCCGAACAGGCUUUGAAAAACCAUGCCGCCGGCAACCAAGGGCGGCCUGCACUUGCUCACGUUAAAGAAGGACCAUUUAGUCAAACAACAGACUGCAUAACUCCGCCCAUCCCGAAUUAUAAUAAUCCACAAGAUCUUUGUGAUAUUGACAUUGUUCCAAUGCACGACGUUGUGAGCUUUCUACCGGAAACGGCGCCGUACACCGGGCGGGAGCGCCCGCCGAUGGCGCCUGGUCACAUGAUCACGACAUCUAUCGAUGAAGGUGUCGAAUGUGAUCUUUCACAGGAGGACUUUAACAGUAACGUGGAUCUGAACUUUACGGGUUUGCCGCGGCGGCAUACGUUUUCAGAAACUUCCACGUUACCGAAUGUGAAUCCGUAUUAUACUCUUAACGAACUUCCACACGCCAUGACGAUGAGUACCAUCAGCUCAAGUGAGAGUGGCUACUCAUUAGUUUCAUAUUCUCCGUUUCAAAGUAUUGACUCGAAUUUCGACUCUGAUUUAUUAUCGAGUACGUCUUCUUGUUGUCCUCAAACGGGCCUGACUGUGUGUCAGCAGCAGGUCCAGGACUUUGUGUCGAAUCAUAAUCAGGAUUGCGCACUCCAGCAGACGCUAUCGACGAUGAUGACGCCGCAGGGCAGCGGGUUAAAUGACGAUGGUUCAAACCAACACCGCCAAGCGCACUCCCCGGUGAAUUUCCGCGAGGGUAGGCGGGCCUCGGACGGUAGCGUCACGCAGGAGUUAAUUGCGUUUCGGCAGAAGUUACAAGAGAACAUGAAAGUUCCGGGCAUGAUUGAGUUGCGCACAAACAUUCCUGUUGCUGUGAAUCAUGUCAGCGAGAUGCUGAUCGAUAAUAGUUUAAAUGAGCCCUUGUCAUUGGCAGCGGAUGCCAGCAUGUCCUGUCAGUUCCCUAGUCAAGACCAGCACGCCCUUCAACAGGCCACGGGCCGAACGAAACGUUUGAGUUUUCCGUUAGACAAUGUUCCACCGCAUUUAUAUCAGUCGAUAGGUGAGCCACAAUCACAAUCAGAAUGGACAAAUGAUAAUCAAAAUCCUAUUUUCGGGUUGAACUCGUGUGAAUAUGAAAAUAAGCCAUUGCAACAAAAAUUGCUUCAGCAUCGUCUGCAGCAAAAACGACAGUAUUUGCAAAAACAGAUUCAGCUCCAGCAGCAGUUUCAGCGGAUGCAUCUGGAAUCGUCCCAGCGGGAAUUGAUCAAGCAGCAGUCGUUGCAGCAGUUGAUUGGUUCAUCGCAGACGCAGCCGAUGGUUACGCAGGCUUCUUUACAACAACAACCGAUUGUGUCGCAAACGUCAGGUGCCUCGCAACAACAGGUUGUUUCACUGCAGCAAAUGGGAACACAGCAACAAGUGUUGCCUGGGCAACAACAGAUGGUCACACAACAACAAAUGAUAGCCGGGCAACAACAGAUGGGAACACAACAACAAAUGUUACCCGGGCAACAACAGAUGGGAACACAACAACAAAUGUUACCCGGGCAACAACAGAUGGGAACACAACAACAAAUGUUACCCGGGCAACAACAGAUGGGAACACAACAACAAAUGUUACCCGGGCAACAACAGAUGGGAACACAACAACAAAUGUUACCCGGGCAACAGCAGAUGGGAACACAACAACAAAUGUUACCCGGGCAACAACAGAUGGGAACACAACAACAAAUGCUAGCUGGGCAACAACAUAUGGGAACACAACAACAAAUGCUAGCUGGCCAACAACAGAUGGGAACACAACAACAAAUGUUACCGGGGCAACAACAUAUGGGAACACAACAACAAAUGCUAGCUGGCCAACAACAGAUGGGAACACAACAACAAAUGUUACCCGGGCAACAACAGAUGGGAACACAACAACAGAUGGGCCAACAAUUUCAUCAACAAAUGUGUCCUCAGCAAAAUCUACCGCAACAUAUUUUAUCGCAACAGCAACAAACUUUAGGUCAGUUGCCAGGUCAACCAAUUCUUUUAAAUUCUGCUGGCUCCCCUGCCCGUCUUCAAGUAGUUGGUCAGCAAUUGCAGAAGCAACAGUCUCUAGUCAAUGUGCUUCCGCCGUCGGGACAAUUUAUUCAACCUCGGGUGCCGGUUCCUGCACAAGGAUCAAUGCUGCAACAGGGUAUGCGCCCGAUGGUGCCCCCUGGGCAAGCAGGGCAAGGGUCGCCCCCACUUGGGCGCCAGUCACCGAAACUAGCCAUACAGGGUCAAGGUCGCAUAUCUCCCCAGCUAUCGCCGCAGCAAAAACGUGUGCCAUUUCCGCAACGACGACAGAUUGUUCGCCAAUCGUCGUACAAGCUUGCGCAGCAGCAGACGGUCAUGCCCCCUAUACCCGGCGAAGAUCGUAUGAUAUCUUGGCCGCAUCGGUCUUCACCGGACUUAAUACAGCAUUUACCGACCACGAAUGAAAAUGACGAUGAUUGCGAGGAGAAUAUGGACACAGCGUGAUGACUUUUGCACAUUUUAGCAGAAUUCAUUGCGGAUUUUAUUCAACUGAUCUGUUGUGGGAUUUGGCGAUUUUACAUAUUUCAUCCACGUGUUCCUGGUGUGACCUCCUGAACUGCUCUUUGGGAGACAUUGACGUAGGAUAUUGGAGGAUUCAAAUGGGCAUCGUUCACAAUCUUAGGGCACAAUCUUCCCGAACUGGAAAUGUAUUUAAGUUCUAGUCCUUUUUUUUCCUCUAGCCUUCGAAUAAGAAUAUUGAUAAUAAUGUGAAUUUCUCCCCAAAAGUGAUAUUGGAAUUUUGUCGGACCGAGACAAUCGCAACAACUUCUUAAUAAUUUAUGACUUUCCAUUGUGUUAUUUAUUUAUUUAUUUCGCAGGAAGAUGUUGACUUAUCAAAUUGCGAUUGUCUGGGUUUUUCACAAACUCAACAGUUUAAAUUUUAAAAAAAAUAUAUUGACGUUCUGUUCCCUGAAUAUUUUUGUGGCCUAAAGGUGGCCAUAAUGGUCGAUUCAGAUCAAAUUUAAAUACUCGAGUUACACACACCUAACGUCCAGCCAGGGAAAUUUCAGGCCUUCUAUUCAAGCCACUAUUGCCAUUGACACUACUGGUCAAUUAAAAAAGAAACUAACCCCCGUCAUGGGCCUACCAAAAUGAACACAUACACUGGCUUAUUGCAGUGGACGUUAGGCGUGCGAAACUUGAGUAUAUUAAAGAAACUGUGAGACUGGAGUUUUGUCAUUCAUUGCAUGAGGCCUGAGAUUUUGUGCUACUAGUAUUUGAGUUUUUGGUUUCUACCAAAUUUCCGAAAAAAACCCUGUGAAAAUACAAUGCUCUGAAUAUGUGUUUACCUUUUUCACAUAUUACAUGUAUGUGUUUGAAGCAUCUUAGGAAGACUGAAUGAUCUUGUACUGUUUGUUAUGACAUGUAUUUUCUGUUAUAAGCUGUACAAUUCAUUAUAACCUGUACAUUCUGUUAUAACCUGUAUGAUUGAUUAUGACAGGCACUGUUAUAACAUGUACAGUCUGUCAUUACCAAGGCAGUCUGUUAUAACUUGUACAGUCUAUCAUAACAUGUAGGCUUACUGUCUAUUAUAACCUGUACAGUCUAUCAUAACAUGUAGGCUUACUGUCUGUUAUAACCUGUGCAGUCUAUCAUAACAUGUAGGUUUACUGUCUGUUAUAACCUGUGCUGUUGUUAUAACAUGUGCAGUUGUUAUAACAUGUGCAGUCUAUCAUAACUUAUAGGCUUACUGUCUGUUAUAACCUGUGCAGUCUGUUAUAACCUGUACAGUCUAUCAUAACAUGUAGGCUAAUGUCUGUUAUAAUCUGUAGGCUAACAGUACAUGUAUGUUAUAACCAAUAAGUCUGUUUAGCCUGUUGGCUAACAGUAUGUUGUAACCUGUACGGUCAGUUAUGACAUGUAGGCUUACAUCAUGUUAUAACAAGUUGGCCUAGAGCGUGUUAUAACCUGCAAAGUCUGGUAUAACAAGUAGGCUUGCAGUCUGUUAUAAUCUGUUCAGUCUUUUGUAACCAGUGCAGUCUUUUAUAACCUGUAGACUUACAAUAUGUUAUAACAUGUACAGUCCAUUCUAACAUGUAGGCUUACAGUCUUUCUGUUGUGUAAUCACUGUACAGUCUGUGAUAACAUGUACAAUCUAUUAUAACCUGUAUACUCAACACCUUUACAUUACUCUCUGUACUAUUUGUAAUGUCUGACAGCCUUUCCGACAAUCUUUUAUCUAACUGAUGGUUUAGUUUAGAAACUGUUAACUGUCUGUUGUGUCCCUAGUGGGGAGGGGGGGGGGGGGUAUUUUUGUAUUGUAAUAGUACAACUAGACUCAAAUCGAAGAAAAAUGUAUGUAAAUUAAAAAAACAAUCGACAACAAAGUAUGUACAUUUUUGAAGUCGCUAAUUUAAUUGUAUAAUUUUCCACCAGGUGCGCUGUUUGCAUAAAUUAUCCUGGUGCUAGUAGUAGUAGGGUGCUUCCCUUUAGGAGGGCUUGGUGUAAUUACUGUUAAGAAGGUGCGUAUCUGUGUUUUUGUGAUACAGUGUCGGUCCCGAGAGAUUUUCUUUUUGCCAGGUCAUCCAUUUUAUGCAUUUUUUACGUCAAGAAGGGACAGCAAGUGAAAAUCAGGAGUGUUCCAGUUUGCUAUUGGAAGGGAGGGUAUGUUUUGGACUAUCUCUCAUGGCGUGAACUACCUGGAGCCCCCCCCCCCCCAAAAGAAAUUGCCACCCAGGGAUUUGCGAUAGGUUGAUAACAAAAUGGAUGGCUCAUAUCUAGUCUUCUUUUUCCCGGUUGAUCUGCAGUAUAAUGCCAGUUACAGAUUUUGAAAACAUUUUUACAGUGGCUGACAAAUUGAUAGCUUUUAGCAAUUCAUAUGCUGACUUUUCUGCAGUCGCAAUGAAACAGGCCAAUGUAAUUCUUCAAAAGCCUACGCUGUUGUUAAAAUUUUGUAUUUUGAAUUUUAAAAUGUCCAAUUGCAAAAAUACAUGCCGUUGUGUAGACUGAUAUACAAAUACUAUAAAUACCAAGUUUAAACAAAUUUGAAUUUACGAUAACUGCACUACGGCAUUGUGUAUUAGUGGAUUUCUAUUUAACUGGACCACAAGUAUUUGCGAACAGCGUACCCCUUAAGGGAAAAUCGCUGGCUCACCACAGUUGAUGGUUGUACUUAGAAUUAAAGUUUUUUCAAUGAAUGCAAGAAUACUGAAUUCAGACACAAUGGUGGUUUAAUACUUGAAAACUUUUUAAAAGUUUGGUAAUCUGCCGUCACCUGGAUAUAACAAUGACGACGCGACUGGAGGCUGUGCGAUACAUUUCUGUUUCCAUGCUUGACUUAUCGUGCAUUGGUAAAGAGGAAUAUUUCUGGUCCUGUAGAAAAUGCUUGUGAAAAUAUCAAAGUGUACACUAUUGUGAAUUCUUCCAGACUAAAUUCUAAGUCUCUCUCCUUCACCUCGCUAAGUCCCUGCCACUUCACCUUGUAAAGUCUGCUCACCAAAAAUCAGUUGGAACUGUUUGAAUGUUAUCUAACAUUGACGGUACUGUCUGAAAAAGUAUGCUCUACGAUGAUAUUUACCGAAUGAUAAAAACUGUCUAGGUGUGAGAAAUGGCAGACACUCCCAAAUGAUAGUAAAUAUUUCCGAACAAAACGUGUCACUUUGACGUUAUUUUAUUGUCAUUAGAAUGUGACCUUUCAUUAAAAAGGUCAUGAUCAGACAUGUAGUAACAGCCAUUGAUUCACCAUCAAAAUCAUGUAUUGAUUAUUAUUGAUUAAUGAUUCUUUAGUGAUUGAUUGUACACGGAAUAUAGGUCAAAGUUUAAGAUGACGAAGCAUUUUAUGAUGACGACAUUUUUAACAAAUUGAAAAUUUUGAUUAGAUUCUUUUUCGCUAUUGCCUCACCAGUUGGCACUCAGAGCAGUGCCAAGACUGCCUCAUUUUGGCUUAGAACUCUAGCCUAUUUCACACAUGCUUCGCCCUUAGUCACCUCUUUGUCCUUCACGGGUUGACCUCAGGUGAACGCUGAAAUGACGACAGCCACUUGAUACCCCAGAGUGCCUCUGUGUAGACCUAUGGUAGUAACAGUUGUCAUGAAGCACUUUUGUACAGACCCUGAUCAGUGGAAAGCACUAUAUAAGGACUGACAUCGUGGGGCAGCGGUAGCCCAGUGGAAGAGAGUCGGCCUCAUAUUCAAGAGGUCGUGGGUUCGACUCCCGGCUGAGUCGCUGCUAAGUUCCCCGACUGGUCGAGUUCAAGUGAGCACCUUCUGGUUGCUCCUUGAAACCCCUGAUUGAUUUCUGUGGAGACUGGGGUAAUAAAAUGAUAUCCCAAAAGUGCUUUGAACAGGGAAACGUGGUAAAGCACUAUAUGAGAACUCAAUAUUAUCAUUAUUAAUAUUAUAUGAUUAGGCCCUUUCAGUCACAUCAGUACCUUUGAAUAAGGCUAGUCUGAGCAUGAUAAAAAGAACACUUCUGGCUAUCUAAAGUAAUAUCAACGGGCAAAGACUCACUCCUUAUGGGGAAUUAGCCCCCCAACAAAAAAUGAAAUGUCAGUCAUAAAAUUUGAAAUUGAUAAAAUUUGAAAUUGGAAAAAAAUUUACACAAAAAUGUCCAUGUCUUCAAAUACGUCGUCUUUACCUCUCAACCCCCCCCCCCCAUCAUUUCGUAAUCAGUAUCAUCAGAAAAGAAACCAUCUGUUUAUUAUUGAUAGUCUAUGGAUUCUGAUAGGCUAUAUUGAUUAACUGUAAUAACCUAGCAAAGAGCUAUCGGUAUGUUACAGAAAUGUUUCGCUUCAAACGGUUCGGGCAAGGCUGAAUGGUUCCAAAAUAAUUCCACUGACGUCAAGUACAACUGAUAUCGUGUUUUGAGUGCGAAUUUGAGGGUUGUUUUGUUAUUCAAAACACUCCUCGCAUCUUGCACUCUAUCAUUGUCCCCAAAGUACAUACUCUAGUUACUCCAAUCUAAGACCAGUUCGAAAUAUAUUCAAUUCUAAGGUAGAUAUCAUUCACAUGGACGUUCGCUGCCCUACAUCAUCUUGGAUUUAGACAGACAAUGGGUUAACAGCACCAAGUUCUUCGAUCGUCAUGACGUCAUUUACGGACUUGGCCUUGUUUCAAUUUUGUAGUGGGUAAUCAACCGGGCUUAUAUCAGUGAGACUAGAGUAUGCUUGCAUUGUGUCCAAAGGGUGUUAGCAAAUUUUGAAAAGAUCAUACCGUGUAUUCUAUUCUGCUUGUAAAUAUUUAAUGAUUACAUCUGAGAAUAACAAAAAAAAGAUGAAUCUUUUAUUGUUCUGCCUAAAAAUGUUAUCAAAUACAUUAGAAAAUGUUUCUUUCGACAUGGCUGGAUAUUGUAAAUUUCAAUAUGCUGGUAGAUUACAAAUAUUCUAAAAUUACUAGUAUUCAGAAAAUAUUUUUUUCUUGUGUUAUGUCAGAAACAAGAUUAGUUUUUGGCCUGAUUUUUCGUACCGGUAUUGAUUUUUUGUCAAGCUAAUUGUGCCUCUCAAUCAAAUGACGGGAUGAAAAAAUGAUGACGUCAAUGAUGUGCUGCCAGCUGCUAAAAUGGUCACGCACAGGUUGCUUAGGAAUAUUAUUACCGUAGUACAUGAUUUAUCAAGUUGUGCAAGACUCAUUAGAUGGGCGUGCAAGACGCGUUAAUCAAUUGGCAAAUCUCGUAACAAUGUUUCACGCACGUCAUAAUGGUACUUCAUCAUAUACUCCAGUAAUACGGUAGAACCUCUCUAUUAAGGACACCCUCAGGACUGACAAGUGCUGUCCUUAAUAGAGAGGUGUCCUGAUAAGAGAGGUCAAAUUGAAUGAAAACUGCCAAUUUUAGUUUUCAAAACUAGUGUCCUUAAUAGAGAGGUUGUCCUUAUUAGAGAGGUGUUUGCUAAGGGAGGUUCCACUGUAUGUAUGACGCUGAGCUGGUCGUUCAAAACCGAGAAUAAAGUAACUUAUAAAAAUGUUUAUGAUAUCCACAGGAAUUGCGCUCUCUGAUUUGUUGAAUUGAUAAGACGGAUCAAUUGACAGGUUUACACCAUAUCAUUGACUAUGACUUGCAGAAUUUGACCUAUAAUUCUAAUUUCAGUUGUCCUGUUCCAGUAAUGUGUAAAUUAUCAGACAAAAUGUCAAUGCUAGUCCCACUUGUAAUUCAAUACGAAUAUAUUUUCCGUGUAAUUUGAAAAUGUUUGUCCAAUAAUGUCCAUAGUCUAUAAUCUCUUAGUCUAGGUGCCAAUUGAAUGCAAUCAACAGCCUCGCUCUGUGGUUUGUCAAUUAUCUUUGUGCUUAUAAUAUAACUUAUUCUUGUCUGCAUGUUGAUGUCUGGUUCAUGUUGACACAUGGUCCAUGUCUGGUAGUCCAUAUUGACGUCUAGUCCAUGUUGACAUCUGGUCCAUGUCAGGUUGUCCAUGUUGAUGUCUGGUCCAUGUUGACAUCUGAUCCAUGUCAGGUUGUCCAUGUUGACAUCUGGUCCAUGUUGACAUCUGGUCCAUGUCAGGUUGUCCAUGUUGAUGUCUGGUCCAUGUUGACAUCUGAUCCAUGUCAGGUUGUCCAUGUUGACAUCUGGUCCAUGUUGACAUCUGGUCCAUGUUGACAUCUGGUCCAUGUCAGGUUGUCCAUGUUGAUAUCUGGUCCAUGUUGACAUCUGGUCCAUGUUGACAUCUGGUCCAUGUCAGAUUGUCCAUGUUGAUGUCUGGUCCAUGUUGACAUCUGGUCCAUGUUGACAUCUGGUCCAUGUUGACAUCUGGUCCAUGUCAGGUUGUCCAUGUUGACAUCUGGUCCAUGUUGUCAUCUGACCCAUGUCAGGUUGUCCAUGUUGACAUCUGGUCCAUGUUGACAUCUGGUCCAUGUCAGGUUGUCCAUGUUGAUGUCUGGUCCAUGUUGACAUCUGGUCCAUGUUGACACAUGGUCCAUGUUGACACAUGGUCCAUGUCAGGUUGUCCAUGUUGACAUCUGGUCCAUGUUGACAUCUGGUCCAUGUUGACAUCUGGUCCAUGUCAGGUUGUCAUGUUGACACAUGGUCCAUGUUGACACAUGGUCCAUGUUGACAGCUUCUAAAACGUUCAAGUGGUUUUGAUUUAGAGGUAAACUAGAGGGUUGGGGAUGAAGCCAAAACUGCCUAAAUCUAUACUAGACAUGUUUGGUGUAACAGAUAAAGACAGUCUGGUAAAUCAAUUUUCAUAUUUAAAAAAAGUUUUUUUUUUCAAAAUAUAGUAACACUUCCUCCAAAUUAAAAAAUACCUGUUUUUGACUCAUAAAGUGAAAAAAUUGUGAAAUUUAAAACACCUGAUAGACAUCAACUUGUGAUGUCUGAUAGACAUCAACUUGUGAUGUCUAUUAGAUGUCCAUUAGUUGUUUGAUAGACUUCACCAGAAGUUUUCUUGUGUAGAGGGCAGCGCCUUUAAAUGUGUAACUGAAUGUGAACACCAAUGUUGGUAGAAUGUUGGUAUAAGCUCAACAACUACUGUGUGAACAUGUUUAAGCCAUUUGAUGUGCAUCUGUUACAGAUAGGCCUAUUGCAGAUGAAAUAGGCCUACUGUACCGGCAUCCCGUCUUAAACACAUCGAGACAGUAUUUUACCGGCCCAGGUUUAAUUCAUGUUUGUCGAUCAAUAUAAGUUCAGAAAUGAGAAAGAUUAUUUUACAUAAUGGGAUGCUCAAAAUGAGCAAAGAUGGCCGUAGAGAAAAAAUAUACAUGUAUACUAAUGUGUUUACAUUAAUUAUGUGAUGUCCGGUGUCCCUUUGAAGGGGACUAUAGGCAGGAGCUAGGGUCUAAUUGGAGGUCUUUUUGUGACCAGUGUAGGACUUGGUCAUGUUUGAUUUGCAAUUAAUAUAUUGGUGGUACAAAAACAUUUUCAAUUUAGGGUGACCCCUAUUGGCAACUUUGUGUCACUUUACCUGGCUCCUGCCUGUAUGCUCCCUUUAAUACGCUCCAGCCAAUGAGUUUGAUGUCCCUUUAAAUAAUAGAUUAUUCCACUUUAAAAGUGGCCUUGGAUGAGAUUAUGUAUAGAUACUUGUAGUUGUAAACAAAUGCCAGUGUGCCUGCUGACGGUUAGGACUCGUGUCAACUUGCUUUAGAUUUACAAUAGACGAUACACGCUGAUACACGGGCGUUUUUGUGUAGCUGAGGUGACACGGACUAGGAGUACUUGCUGUAAAUUUCAUGUUGGUUCCUGAUGCCACUGCUUGAUGGGCGUCGUUGUAAUUGACGACCAUUUUGACCAUAGCAACCCAUUUUUACCAUAGCAACCAACAUAGCAACCCAUAUGCGGGCAUAGCAACCAAAAUAGCAAUGCAUGGGUGAGCAUAGUAACCAACAUAGCAACGCAUGUGCCAGCAUAGCAACCAACAUAGCAACCCAUAUGCGGGCAUAGGAACCAAAAUAGCAAUGAAUGGGUGAACAUAGCAACCAAAAAAUGGCAUUUUCUGGCUGAGAUUUGCAUAGCGACCAACAUAGCAAGUACUGUGUGUACAUAGUAACCGGCAUAGCAACGCAUAUGCGUGCAUAGCAACGCAUAUGUGUGCAUAGCAACAUCAGUACAGCUGUAGGGGCUACCAUGAUCUGUUGGCUUUAACAUGCGAAACUGCUCUCAUUUGUAUUAAAGUCAUGAUGGUUGUCAACACCAACAUCGCCAGUCAAUCAACCAACCGAUCUUUCAAUCAAUUAAUUAAUUUAAUCAUACUGUUCAAUACCGAUGGGGUCAUUAUAGUCAUCAUUAGAUUUAUCCAGCUGUGGUGUCACGGACCAACGUGUGUCAAUUUAUCAUGAUAAAGUUUGCAUAAUUUACAACGUGUAAAAAGACAAAAUUGUAUGUUUGUUUUUUUUGGCCAGGAUGAUGAUUCUGCUGGGCCAAAAGUUAAAACUUUUUUCAAUCGAUUUUUUAGGUUAGUGUGACGUAAUGUGGUAUAGAGUCUUCUGUUCAGGUCUGGUUGGGUUGACCGAAAAAACUUUCGUAGAACUUGGAACAGUUGAAUGACAUCCUAUCACCACGAGGAAUAAUUUUCGAUUUUUUAAGCGGAGCUAAUUGGACUGUUAGCAUUAUUUACACAUCAUGACGUUAUUUCUAAUGAAAAUCUAAUGAUAAUAGGACCCUUAUUGGACUCUGAUUGGACACAAUUGCUUAAAUCUGCAGCCAAUAUGUCAGCUCGCUCAUACCAUUCUUUACCCUGUGACAAGUUGACGUAUUUACUUGAUUAAUGAAUGUACUGCACAUUAGAUGUGCGUUUUUUGAGCAGGGAAAUUAUAGUCCCAGCUUUUGAUCUCAGAAUAUCACUCCAUCCCUCAUAUCAAUAAUCUAGUCAGAAUAUGUGUGAAAAUUUGGAAUAGGCCGUUAAGAAAUUAAUUUUUUCGAUUAACGUUACUCUGAUUUGAAAAAUUUUGUGGAGAGGGGAUUUAAUAUAUUAUAUUGUAAUAUUUUUUCGAUCCAUGUUCCGGGGUGUGGCUGGCUGAAACUUUUGAAAAUUUUCAGCCAAAACACAAUUUUUUGUGACUUGUGGCCGGAGCAAGGCAGAUGCCCCGUCCCCCGUGCCCCCCCCCUCCCACUAGCUACACCCAUGAUGGAGAACCAGGCACAUAAACAUGACCCGAUCAAAAGAUCCAUUAUCCUCUGUGAAGAACACUUUGUUUGUUUUGGUAUUCCUCAAGACAUUCAUUUUCAGGAACAAACAUUCCAAGAACUACCAAAAAAUCUAAAAACCUUUUUUGGAAAAAACAUUAAAUUUAAGAAUGUUGAGAUAGAGACAAGAAUCAGGACGGAGGGUGGCGUAAAUCUAAAAACUAAUUUCAGAUGGCCAUGUAAAAGAAAUUCCAAAUUUCAAGUCCAGGGCCCGGUUGUUCAAAAGCACAAAAGUCACGUUAUCCCUAACAGUUAACACUUAAGGACGUUAUCUCUUUCAUUAAAAUUUUCAUGUUAAGACGUUAAUGCAAGUAUCAAUUCAUUUCUUGUACCUCCCCUCCUCAAGGGUAGUUAAGCUAUCACCACUAAUCUUUGCCGAUGCUUGAGUAGUAUUUAUUUUUCCUUUAGUGAAAAUUUGGCGAAGCUGGAAAGAAUAAGGAUGCUAAUGUGUCGAUGUCUUGUCGAACAUACAGCCUUACCCAGUAAAAUUAGUUCGGUUACUUUAUAUGACGGUGAUAACUGAUAUAUUGUUGAUGGUGAUGUUUUGACGAAAGAAAAAGUAGCAUUGGUGAAAAAAGGGUGAUGCUUGAGCAUUAAGAUGUCGUUAUAGGGUGAUAAGGUGUCGUACCCUUGAGGAGGGGGGGGGGGGGUACAAGACACGAAUUGAUACUUGCAUAAAGCUAACAAUACAUUUGAACAACUCAGCCCUGUUCUCAUCACAUAUCCAGUAUACAAACGAUUAAUUCAAAUGGCUUUGCCUGCUGUAUGAAGACUAUUAUUUCUGUGCCAAAUCUUCUUUUUUUAGAAAUGGAAUAAAUGCACCCAGAUUAAUGUUGAAAAUUAUCUGUAAUUUAGUCAGUUAUCUGUUACAUUACUAUAGUGAGAAAAAUAGAUAUUAAUUUUACGUAAUACAGAUCGGAAUUCUAAGGGCACACUGUACUUGAGUGUAUCUCCCUUUGAUAGUGCAAGCGAUUAAAUUCAAUAAAAUGUGUAUUUUUAAAGGUGAACUGAUACUUUUAACAGUUUUUAAGUUGAUCCAUUAUUAUCAUUAUUAUGAUUAUAAUAAACAUUGCAACAAAAACUUUACAGCGGAAAACACAGUAUUUGUCAGCGUAGGGCGACAUUGGCCAAUAACGUCUUAAAGGAAACCUAUAGUGAAACGCUUAUAAAAAUGGGGAGUUUUGAACGGCCCGGUUAAAACCUAAGGUGAGAAUAAGCUUCCAUUGAUUAAUCUUAGCAGUUUCGAGUUCCCCUCAAGUAGUUCAUUAUGUAGUCAAUGAGCUGCAUAAGAAGUAAUCUCCAAUUUUGUUAUUUUUACCAUGUUCAGCUAGUCUAAAUAAAGACUUGUGCCACGACUGGAUCUCUUUAAUGUGUGGAAAUACUUACAAAAAUUUGUGAGAGCCACUGGGUGAGGCAGCGUUAUUGUGAGUUGUGGUUAUUUCUCAAAUAUAAAAAUUGACAGUUCACCUUUAAGGAAAAAUAAAGGUAGGGGAUGUAAAUGGCCCCAAUUUUGUGUCGAAAAUUGACGAAAAGUCAGGUGAGCUGUAUAGGAGGUGUUUUUUAACAUAUCCCUGGUGUGAUGUAAGUUGAUAUGCAGGUUAUGGGCCACAAUAGAAUCUGUGGAAUCCUUUACGCUUGGUGAAAUCUAGGGGGGGGGGGGGAGAACUGGAGGUGGUGCCACUUUUGAAAAAUGUUGAUAAAAGAUUCUUGCAAAUCUGUUGUGGCCAGUAACCUGUAUAUUGAUUUUAAUCACCACCGUGAUAUUAUUUGGACUGGGUGUCCUUCCAGGGGCUUACAGUAGGGUAGAAUGGGGUAUUUGUAGCCCCUGUAUUGUUUGAUGCAUAUGGGGAUAUCAAUCAAUAUCAUAGGCAGGGGCUACAAUUACCCCAUUCUACCUUUACUUGCUUUUUUUCAAGAAAAUUCAUCUGAAAUCGCCUUUUUUGUCUCUUUUGAAUGUAUUCUUGUCCUGCAGUUGGUUCCUUUCAAGGCAACUGGUGAUUUUUUUGGAAAAUGUCCAUGUUUGUGUUAAUGAUAGCAAGAAUUGAUAAUAUGUUCUUGAUGAUAGGUAGGGUGUGUUCCACCUCUCGUCGGAUGGGAACCGGUGUACCAGCUCAUAUUAGAGUGGGUGCACAACCUCCCCACUACGAUUUGAACUCGCAGCUGUUUGGAACUCAGAGAGGUUCAGAACACAGAGCUGUUGGGAACUGGUAGUGAUUGAAAGGAAAGCAUUGCAUCGAACCAACAAGCACCGAGACCAAAAUUAUGCCAUGCCCAACACAGGAGCACGUGGUCGUCAUCUGCUUGAAGCCUGUCAAGUCGUUUGGCGAUUGAGUUGCCCAACAUCUCUGCUAUUUGUCCAUUUUGAGUUCUUGAAUAUGAAAGUUGUAGUUCCUAUGGUUUGGACCGAGACUUUCGCUUAAUUUCAUCUCAGUUGUAAGAACAGCUGGACAGAAAUUUCAUCGCAGUUGUUAGACCAAGAUCCAGCUGUGCAGAAAUUUCAUUACAGUUGUUAGACCAAGAUCCACAUGUGCAGAAAUUUCAUUACAGUUGUUGGACCAAGAUCCAGCUGUGCAGAAAUUUCAUUACAGUUGUUAGACCAAGAUCCACAUGUGCAGAAAUUUCAUUACAGUUGUUAGACCAAGAUCCAGCUGUGCAGAAAUUUCAUUACAGUUGUUAGACCAAGUUCCACAUGUGCAGAAAUGUCAUAGCAGUUGUAAGACCAAGUUCCAGCUGUGUAACAAUUUCAUUACAGUUGUUAGACCAAGUUCCACAUGUGCAGAAAUUUCAUCGCAGUUGUAAGACCAAGUUCCAGCUGUGUAACAAUUUCGUCACAGUUGUUAGACCAAGUUCCAGCUGUGCAGGGAAAACAAUGUAUCAUAUUUUCAUAUUUUGCAUGCAGAGUUCAAAAUUUGAACCUGGACAGCUAUAGAAAUCCUGUGAAAAGCUGGUUACGUUUCCCAAUCCAAAGCUCAGAACCAUACAUUACUGUUUUCAAAUGGACCAGAGGUGGAAUAUACAUUAGGCAGUGUAGUCGCAUUGCUAUUGUCUCAGUCACAAGGGUUAUAUAAGAUAUACCUUGUUAAAAAUGUAUUGUUGAGGUAUAGAAAAAUGUCAGAAAAUUUUGCAUAAAAAUAU